CCAAACCCAGUGCCAAAGCAUGAUGGGAAGGCUUACAUCAGACGUGUCACCCCUGAGCACAAGAUUCGGUCUCGGAGCUCUUUUCUGAAACAUUCCAGGGGUUUUCGCUCAUUUUUGUGACAUUUGGAGGUCAACAACAGCAGCAAAAGUACUUUGCUUGAGAUUCUCGGCUUGAAAGUCGGAAACUUUUCCUCAGAAAAUGCCGCAAGUGGUUAUGCUACUCCUCCAUUUGGAGGGAGUUUCAUUCAUCCAGUGGUUGCAGACGACAUUUUCGGAUUUUGCGGAGGUGCUGUUGUUUCUGACCAGAAUGGGAGACCCGAGACAUGCUUAUCUUGUCUACUUCCCCCUGGCGCUGGUCUUCAGCAGGAGUGUCGGGCUGAGAACGCUCUUAGUCGCCAUUAUUUCCGAGUGGACCAACCUGAUUCUGAAAUGGAUGCUUCAUGGAGAGCGUCCCUUUUGGUGGAUUAAGGACCCUGAGAUAUAUGAAGAGGGAAAAGCACCACACCUGGAACAGUAUUCCCUGACUUGUGAGACUGGACCAGGCAGCCCAUCAGGCCAUUGCAUGGUGACUGCAGCAGUACUGUGGGUGGUGACCUCAGCUUUGGUGUCGGAUCUUUCAGCCGCUCCACGCAACAGUUGGAAAAGGAACCCCAUGGUCAGAGCUGCACCUUGGCUGAUCUACAGUUUCAUUCUGACAUCAGCUGGUGUGUCCAGACUGUUCAUUGCCACACACUUCCCUCAUCAGGUGGUGUUUGGCACUGCUGUAGGUGUCCUGAUAGGAUACAUGUUCAACAGAGUCCAGGUGCAGUCUUUCCGUCCCAGCAUGUGUGUGGUGCUGUCAGCUGGUCUGGCUGUGUUAGCUAUGGGACUCUAUGGUAUCCUUCUGCAUGUGUUCAGCAUUGAUCCCUCCUGGUCUAUAAAGAAAGCGACGCAGUGGUGCGCACACCCUGAGUGGGUACACCUGGGUACAACACCAUUCUUCUCAGUAGCGCGAGAUUCUGGCUCCUCUUUGGGUCUGGCUGUAGCACUCCAUUCAAUCCUCCCACAGGUUAAGACUGCGAGGGAUAGAACCAUGGACAGUAGUCCUGAAGGUAAAACUGUUGGUGUUAGCACUGUUGGCUUCCUUCUCUUGUUGUUGUCUUUAACACUGAGUACUGAAUACUUGGUCCUACCCCAGGAGCCACAGACAUUGUUGUACUCACUUGUUUUUGUCAAGAGUGCGUUAUUGACUGUAGGAGUCAUCGGCCUUGUAACAGGUUUUAGUAAACUGAUUCAGAAAAAACAGAAGAAUUGGUAAAGGGAUGUACACGUGUGUGUCAAUGAAGUAUAAAUGGCUGGGUAGAUGUAUUGUAGAUAUCCAAAAUUGUUGUGCUGUAGUUUUGUACACUUAAAUAAUUUAUAUUGUCAAUGAUAUGCCAGUCUUAUGAUGAUGUGCCAUUUCCUUAAAGUUUUAAUAACAAUCAUGCUAAAGCCCACAAAGUAAUUUUAAGACUCUACUUUUAAUCAUGCUUGUGUCAUUAGAAAUUUACUGAUUUCAUAAUUAUCAACACUGCCAAGCAGAAAUAGUGAUAGCAAGUUUCUGCAUUCUGUGGUUGUACGGAUGAUUCCAUAUGUACUUGUUGCAUGAAUGACUCAAGGCAGGUCAUGUAUUGUGUAGAAAUAUUUAAUCAAAAUUCUAUACUUGACAUACAAUCUAACAAAGAUAGAGACACCUAUAGAUAGACAAUUCUUAUGUCAUAUACAUGUAUAGGUAUAGCAAGUCAAUCCCAAUAUAGUUUCUAUUUUCAAUUUUAAAAGUCCAAUAUCAUAAUUUAGUGACAUAUGUUUUACAAUGUACUCAGGAAUGUUGUCUGUCAGGUGUACAAUGUACAAGACAAUGUUGGCAAUUUGAUUUGCUGCUAUUGCGAGCCAGUCUCAAAAAAAUCAUAAUAAUAUAAAACUCAUGCUGUGACAUUGUAGUGGAGACUACCAGUAUAUGACAAGUUAUUGUCUUGAAAGAUCAAAUACAAAAAGAUACCUUUCUGCAGGA